UUUUCAUCUUGAUUGUUUACUGUCCACGACCAUCCUCAGGCCCACUUCCAACCUAAGCGAACGUCUCGCAAAACUGAACCAAACCACUUGCUGCCGUCAACCACAACAUCAACAUCGACAUCAAAAGCCCCACCAAUACCUCUUUAUCCAUAGCCGCGACUAGUCAACCACACAAGACUGAGGUAUAGACAACAAAUAUGCCUCCUACAGUUCUCCCCGCGUCUGGUAACCCGCUGGUUUUCUUCGAUAUUACGCUUGGAGGUGAGAAGCUAGGUCGCAUAAAGUUUGAGCUUUUCGCGGAUGUCGUGCCUAAGACAGCAGAGAACUUUCGGCAGUUCUGCACAGGCGAAUCGAAGAACCAUUUGGGUCGGCCGCAGGGAUAUAAGGGGAGCAAGUUCCACCGCAUCAUUAAAGAUUUCAUGUGUCAAGGAGGCGACUUUAUAAACGGAGACGGCACCGGCUCAACAUGUAUCUACGGCACCAAGACGUUCGCCGACGAGAAUUUCGAGAGAAAGCAUACUGAGGCUGGAUUGCUAUCAAUGGCUAACGCUGGCGCUAACGGCAACGGCUCUCAAUUCUUCAUCACCACAGUCCCAACUCCCUUCUUAGAUGGGAAGCACGUCGUCUUCGGCAAGGUGGUCGACGGUAUGGAUGUUGUGCGGAUGAUGGAGAACACGAAGACUGGGUACCGGGGCAAGGAUGUCCCGAAUCAGGAGGUUGUGAUAAGUCUUUGUGGGGAGAUGUGAGGUUGGUCCCAAGAUCGGAAUGGGAGAAGGGAUGCUGGUGAGCCGGCAUACUCGCGAAAUUAUUCUUCUGAGCUGGCUAUGUCAAGAAGACAUGGAAAAAUAAAACUCAAUAGACACCCCAAUAUCACUUCCUAUUUUUUUUUCAUUCAAUCUCCUCAAAAUGUUGACGCAGCUUUCGAGUUUUGUCUCGUCGAGUCGAUGUAGUGCUAACCUAUCACCUUUUCAGAUCAACAGCCGUCAAGCAGACUAAAUAUCCAUAGCUCC